UCUCCAAGGCCCUUCUCCUCCAAAGACAAAAAUUCAAAAACCCUCUGAAGAGCUUUGGCGACAAUUGGCAGUUGAUUCUUGAGAGCGCGACUUAGAAGCGCAUAUGGAUUUUGUUUGGUAUGGAAUGGAAUUAAUCACGCAAAAAGCAGAUGAAUCCAGGCAGGAUUACACGGAUUCCAAACUCAACAUUGUACAACCACGCAAAAAUGAGCAGGAAUCCACACACAAACCGUUCGUUACGUUCUUUAUCAACUCCAAUUCAGCAUUUCUUUAUCCGCUUUGUCAACUCCAAUUCAGAAUUUCUUUAUCCGCUUUGUCAACUCCAAUUCAGCAUUUCUUUAUCCGCUUUGUCAACUCCAAUUCAGAAUUUCUUUAUCCGGAUUUACAUUUGCUGGAUUGGGUGUCUGUGGGUCCUCUUUUCGAGUGAAGUACAAUUUGGGUUCUUUAGUUCUAGGGUUUUCAGUCUUGAUUGAGGGGAGAACUCUGUUUGCUGAGAAUGAUGGCUUCUCCUGCUGCUGCUGCACCUCUUCCAUCACAAAAGGAGCUUGAGGAAAUGCUCAUUGAGUCUGGAAUUGAGCUCUCUACACCUCCUUCAUCCACUGGCGAGCUUCUCAGCCUCCUUGAAAAAGUUGAAUCAGAACUGAAGAGCAUAGGGCAAGACCCUUCAAUGUCGACGAGAAAUCUACUUGAGCCAAUUAAAAAAGCGUUGAUUGAAACGAAACUUCUGAGACAUUCUGAAAAAAUCAUUGAUUGUUCUGUUGCAUCUUGUAUCUGUGAAAUUAUAAGAAUAUCUGCACCCGUUCUACCCUAUGAUAAUACAGAAAUGGAGGUAUUUAAUACUUUUUAUAUGUUCAAAACUAAGGCCAGGUUGCAAACAAUUUUAGUAUUUAUUUAUUUAUUUAUUAUUUCUUUCUACUUGAGCAGUCUAACAUAUAUCAUAUAUGUGCAUCUAUGUUUAAAAAAUAUCAUCUUUUGGUUCUCAGGUCGUUUUCCAUCAGAUUAUAGCAUCCCUUGAAAAGUUAUAUUUCAUUGAUAGUAACUACUAUAGUAAGGCUCUGAGAGUUCUUGAAGCGGUUG